CAUCAUAUCAUCUUCAUUCGUAGCGUAGUUCGGUCGCUUUUGUUAAUUUUCGGUCAGUCGUAGAAAUCGUGGCAAAAGUCCGAAAAUUAAGUGCUGCGCUCAGCGUUCUCGAUUAUAAAACUGAACCAAACAAUCGCGUCGCGUGCAAAUUUCUUGUGAAAAAGUUUUAAAUCCGUUUUCAUUUUCUGAAUUUGUAAAUCCAAGCAUAACAACCCAGUAUCAAGAUGGUGGACAAAAUCGAAAUGAGUCUGGAUGAUAUCAUAAAAUCACAGCGCCCGCAACGCGGAGGUGGUAGCCGUGGCGGUCCGUUCCGCAACGGUAAUAGUAAUGGUAGCGGCCCUCGAGGUCGUGGUCGAAAUGGGUCCGUCGGUGGAGGAUACCGCUCAAAUCGUGGCCCAUCGGGCGGCGGUGGUGUCCUCAAGGGACGCAAUCGUGGUGGAAUCCAGCGAUCAUCAAAAUACGCACGGGGUGACAUGAACAGCGCAUGGAAGCACGAUAUGUACGAGGGAGCUCGCAAGAGUCGCCUGUUGGCAGCGGCCGGACUAGGAAUAAUUGGCCCCGGAGGACUGGGUAGCACCAAACUGAUGGUAUCAAAUCUGGAUUUUGGCGUAUCAGAGUCGGACAUCAACGAGUUGUUCGCGGAUUUCGGGCCUCUUAAAAAUGCCUCGGUACACUACGACCGAUCGGGAAGAUCCUUGGGCACUGCCGAUGUGAUCUUUGAACGUCGGGCCGAUGCUAUCAAGGCGAUGAAACAAUACAACGGAGUACCCCUGGACGGUCGGCCAAUGAGCAUACAGUUGGCGACAUCAGACAUUCCGAUCCCGCGGACACCACGAUUGGGCUCCAGUGGGCCUGCCCGUUCCCCUCGGAGACAGAGUAGCGGUGGACCUCCUAGAGGUUCCAACCCAUCGAGUCGUCGGGGAGGAGGCAGCGGUGGAGGUGGUCCACGCCGACAGCAACGUGAAACCAAAACCGCAGAAGAGCUGGACGCUGAGUUGGACGCAUAUACCAAGGAUAUGAAGUAAUGAUAUCAAGAGUACACAGCGCACAGUGGAUCCACUCCAUAGAAAAGCAGGACAAUACCUCAAAAGUAGAUGUAAAUAACUGAAAAGUGUCAUCUAUGGGUAAUUUUGGUGAAUUUGAUUUUGAUUAAAUUAGACGCCAAUUUAAAAGUUAGACAACCUAGGCUCCAAAUGUUUUUUUUUUAUUUCGAAAAAGUGAAUUUAAGAACUUUUCAGUUCAGAAAAUUUGUAUGUAAACAGAGACAGUUUGAUAACUUAGGUUAGUCCCUAGUUAUGAUUUAACCAGGGCGGUUCCGAUUUAAUGAUAUUUGGCGAAUAGAAAAUCAUAAUUUUCUAAAGUUGUUUGUCGACGUUCAACACAAUUUGUAUUCUUUAGUAAAAAAAUAUAUUUCAAGGCUUUAAUAGCUAUAUAAAAAAAUCUCAUGUACUGAUUUUUGAAAGUAUGCAUUUGGAAUAGUUAUAAAAGAUGCGUUUCUUAGGCUGUUUGAUAGAAAGUCUGUCUCCAUAAAGGAACUAAUUCUAAAAAUUAUCAAACUUCAACCUUUGGCGAGGAGCGGCGUUUAGUUUAUUAUUUUUUGAGCUAGAUAAAAUUCUACAUAGAACUUCUAGAAGAGGAUUCUUAUUCUCACAGUCAUGUUACCUAAUGGGCCUUUCAUAAAUUACGUACCGCCCUCCCCCCGGUUUACGACAAUAUGUGACAUGUUGUGACAUAUGGUGGAGGGGAGUAAGAACAUUACGUAACAUGAUUUACUGAAGAAAAAAAAAUGCAUUUGUCACGUAAUAGGGGAGAGGAGGAUAGAGAAAUUUGUUGCAUGGGGGAGAAGGAGUCAGUUUUGAGGAAUUUUUGCGUUACGUAAUUAAUUAAUGGUCCCUAGUGGCCAGAAGGAAAUUUUUCUAAUCACUAUGUGACGUGACGGUAAGAAUAUGGCCCGAGAUCAUUCAACAUGCUUUUACAGAUAAAAACGGUGACACUCGGAAUGUAAAACAGUCUGUUUUAAACAGCAUGCCUUUAUUGAUUUCAUCGGUAAUUUUUUAAAUACUGAUUAUUUUUAAAAUGUAUGUACACCAAUAAGUUUCUGAGAUUAUUUGAUAUAAGGAAAACCCAAACCGUUGAAUUGCCAUUUUAGUAUUAUACCUAUCGAAGCGGGAUGAAGUAGAAAAAACUUGUUUCUCAAAUUCUUGCAGAUUUCCAAGAUAUUUUUUAGUUUGAAGAAAAUAUGGCACUUUUACUGUUCAAUUGAUUUACUUUAAUUUGAUAAAUACAUUUGCAGGUACGCUACAUUCAUGAAAAAAAAAUAUAAAAGGUAUGAAAAUCGAAAAAUAAAUUUGAGGGUUUUGUCCGGCCUGGCCCCACUGUGCGCGUGAUCUCUUACACAUCAAUUGUGUAAAAUUUAGAGUAAGGACCCUAUCACGUUGACCUUACUGACAACAAACAAAGACGCUACAAGCAGAUUAUAGCUUGUUGCGAUGUAAAUAAAAGUGAAUAAAAAAAAUAGAAUGUCAGUAUGGUUUUCAAAGAUAAUAACAAUCACGGAGUUAAAUAGCAGCGUAACCACGAUUCAUCAAUUAGUGAGGCAACUAAUACCUGUGAGUUACGCGUUUCAGUCAAGAAAGGAUUAUAAGGUUGGAUCUCUGACCUGAGUCACCGAGACUGAACAUAUGAUGAUUAUUUUUUAAUUAAUAAUUAAAUGGAUUAGUUAAAUAUUACUGUCAAAAAAGUUGUAUGCCGUGAUGGGGCAAAUUCAAUUCUUAAGGAAUGAGAACGUUGUAGUUUGACUUAUUUCGAAAAAAAUAUACUACGACAAAGGGGAAAGUGCGCCACAAACAAAACAUUAAUUUAACUCAUAGUGACAGUUUGUUUUAAACACUAAUGCAGCAGCCGGAAAUUUUGUACUUGAAACCCCUAUACACACACAAUCUGCCGGAAAGCCCCACAACAAGCUUAAUUAGUAAAUCACGGACAAGCAACCGAAAAAAUGGAGACGCAUAUAUGUUAUUUUGAAACAGGCUCAUCAGUUAGCUUAUAAUGUUUAGUUUAAUGAAAUAAUACUGCAGGAUAAUGUCCCAAUAAAAGCUAUGUAAUUGCCCAACAACAAAA